GUAAGAUCAAACAACUUGGGCAAAGCCGGAAAAAUACCAAGUUUCCAGUCAAAUAUAUCAUCAUCAUCAUCAUUGACAUAGCGAGAAGUGAACGAUAUAUGACAUAAUUAAUGCGUGACUGAUCAGUGAGUGAUCAGUGAGCGGACCAACGCCGUUCAAGUGAGGAUGCAAAUUGGAUUAGACCGAGAACAAUGAGAGACCAUCACUACUACUCAGCUAAUAAUGAACUCCCUGGGCCACCGCUCAAGUCUCCUUAUCGGAGCCGGUUCCACCGAUCUCAGCAUUUCCACCGAAUCUCGGACUCCGAGCCCAUCAACGUGUGUAUUCCAGGAAAACGCGGAAUAGGUGGGGAAGCCCUGCAGUAUGUGCCCAAAGAUGAUUGGAAUGCGAGGAGAUCGGGAGAAGAGAGGAAAGAUUGGUCCAAAGGCCGCACGGAGAAGAUGAGUUUGGAACAAUGGGAAGGCUCGAACAAUGCUAGUGGGAAUGGUAAUGAGAGAGGACUGGCCAGCUGGAUUAAAAAGGAUAAACAGGUUCUGAGGUUCUUCACUUACUUCACGGAAAUGAUACUGGAUCAAGGCGUGGAGAGAGAUCGGAUCAGAAAAUGUCAUCUCCUCUUUUUCUUGGAGGACGAUUCCAUUCAAAUAUUGGAACCAACUUUUUCCAACAGCGGAAUUCCUCAAGGCACACUCAUGAGACGUCAUCGCGUUCCGUUCACUUAUGUUAAGGACCGAGAAUUGGGACCCACUCGUUCUUAUCAUCGCACUUGUCCAAAACCACACAUCACUUACCGAGACCUAAAUCUCCGUCAAAAUAUCUUGAUAUAUGGACGAUUACACAGGAUCGUGGAUUGUGACACUUUCACUCGGGACUUUUUAACGAGGGAAGGUAUCAGCGUUCCUGACAAAGAACCUGCACCCUUUGACGUGUUCAAGAACAUGAGGGAAAAAAUUGAAACAGUGAAACCACUACGACCAUAUAAGAGGCUACCAUUGCCCAAAGAGUUUGGUCCUUUAGAGGGGAAAGUCUUGAGGUUUUUUGGCAAAUGGGAGGAUAAAAACGAUUCUGUGGGCGAGAUUAGACACUUCAGCAUUCACCUACAUUUAGAGGAUGAAACCAUUGAGAUCAUCGAGAUCCAUGAUACGAAUUGUGGACGGUAUCGAGCUCCGACAUUUUUGAAGCGUUGUCGGUUACCAAAAUCUGUUUCAGAUUUGGUGCCACUUCCUGGACAUUCUACGGAUCACACAUUAUUGAAUGUAGUUCGGAGCAAGGGACCAGGCCGAGUUCGGGAUACGAUUCUGAUUGAUAAUUUGGAGACCAAGUCCAGUACUGGACAAUCCUUUGAUGAGCAGGACAAGUUUUACCAAAUGGAGGACUUUGAUAUUGGAAAGGAGAUUCAGGUGGCUGGAAGGCAAAUCUUAAUCUAUGAUUGCGAUCGUUCAACUCGCCUCUUUUACCAAGAGCAUCUCAGCAAAGGUACAUCAAAGGAUUUAAUAUUAGGGUACAAGGGCGGGAAUUUCAAAACCUCUUCUUCAGCUAUGGAACCUCUUGAGGCUAUUGAAGUUCCCAAACCAAAGCAAUCCAAAUCUCGUCCACCCUAUAAUGGAUUUGGAACUGAACCUGAUUCGCUCACAUCCUGCAACGGACUUGAGCCUCGACCCCCUCAACGCGACUUUUACAAGUUCAUGCAUAAAGACCGAGAUGGUUUCGAAAGUCAUAUUUUACGGUUUUCGGCCAGACUAGUGGAGAAUGAUAAAGUGGACACGACCAGACGAUUCAUAUUGUCGUAUCAUCUCUCUGAUGAUACCAUUCUGAUCAACCAGUUUCCGGAUGUCAAUUCGGGUGUGCCACCGGGCAGGUUCUUGUUGAGAUGCCGGGUCAAAAAGCCCCCAGAAAUGCAAGACCAGGAUUUGAGUGUGGACACGCUUUUUUACUCAUCAGAAGAUCUGUUUGUUGGUGCCGUUUUGAAGAUCAAUGAACAUUGGUUUAUCCUUACUGAGGCUGAUGAAUAUGUGUUUAACUUCAUGGAACAGUUUGAUGAAAGAGAAAAGUAUCCUCAUUCCAACAUUCGUUUGAUCCUGGAGAAAUUGGACGGGCUUUUAGACGCAUCUCAAGUUAAGCACAUGAUGGCCAAAUUCAUGGACAGCGAUCCCACGGAUCGUGGAAUUGUGCUCGAGCAAUCAUUUCGUUCCAUAUUGAAUCAGUUCAUCCCAAACAACCUCAGUGAACACGAAAUCAUCACCUUGGUUCGGCACCUUCAAGAGGUCAACCUCGAGGCUAGGAUCGUGGCUACGGACACAGUAUUUUCGUUGCUGCAAAUGGAAUUGAAACGAAUGCAAUUCUCAGCCUUUCCUCAGCUGAUUCUGACCUUGGAAAGUGCGGACUUGAACGCAGAAGGGGUUUUGCCCAAAUCGAAAUUGAGGAACGUUCUUGUGGCGGCUUGUUGCAAAAGCAAGACCACUUUGAGGGGAAACAAUAUACGGGAUUUGAUCGACGAAUGCCUCAAAAGUUACUCUCUUGAGUUCCUCGACUAUCGGGAAUUUGUCAACAGGUUGGAUUGGUUAAAUAACCCAUCCAAGCCAGUUCCUCCCAGUAUGGUUCCAUCUAAUUUCUUCGAACACCCGCUUCAAAGCAAACGGGCGCCCAUUGAAUAUCGAAAGCUCAUACGUCAAUUGGAGGCGAAGAAGAAUUUGGACAUUUCGCACACAAUUGACGUGAAACAAGGAUUGGUGAAACCCAAGGAUCCUCAAAAACUUGUUCGCAAACACUUCACUCAUGGUGCCGACAACCACGCCUAGCACCACUGUAUGUCCUCUCUAGUAGCUAUGAGAUUCUUUAAUAAAGAUUCUUCAAU